AUGUCAGCUUUGAACAUAAAAUUUCAUAUGGAUGAUUAUGGAACUCUGUGGAGGGCGAUGAAGGAGUCACCUGCAUCCAUGAUAUUAAUAGUCUAUUCCUUCAUUUUCCUCUGGUUUGUCGGGGGCCUCACGUGCUUCCAUCUGUAUCUUAUAGGCAGAAACCAGACUACAUAUGAAAACUUUCGCUAUAGAGGAGCCAACAGGCAAAAUGUCUAUGACCGGGGGUGCUUAAGGAAUUUUCUUGAAGUAUUCUGCACAAGAAACAAUUUCCAGGCUUAUGUACAAGAAGAGAUGCCUGUGCGUAUAACCCGAGAAGUAAAAAUAGAUGAUUCAGAAGGAGACAGUCGGACAAAAGUACAAGACAAUCCAGAAGUUGAUAAUGACCUUUUAAAGAUAUCCCAUCGUCGUGAUGCUUUAGAAGCUGAUAGGAGUUGA